UAUCCCAGUUGGAAUUUGACACUUUCAGAAAAUGUCGCUAUAUUCAUUCAAUCGCGUUUAGUCAGAGUUGCAAUCAAUUAAAUUUCGACUCAUUUAAUAAAAUCAUUCGUUGUAAAUAAUAUUCACAGUGCUAAAAGCAUCAAAAUGUUGUAAACCAAUAAACUUCAAUUCAAAUCAGUUACAUGUGAAAUUGGAAUAAAUGAACCAGUGUCAGUGUUGGACGUGAAUGAAUGAAAAAAAAAAGUUUCUUUUGCAUUUUUUUGGUUUAGAAAAUUGUCAAAAAUAUUAUUGAGAAGUGAGAACUACGAAAAUUAGGCAAUUUUUUAUGUGUUUAUUUAGGUAAUAGUAGUGGAUUUUAACGAGCUUUUACGAUGGGAUUACUGUUUGCGAAACUGUGGAGCCUCUUUGGAAAUGAAGAACACAAACUUGUAAUGGUCGGCCUGGAUAAUGCGGGUAAAACGACAAUUCUGUAUCAAUUCCUUAUGAACGAAGUAGUACACACCAGUCCGACAAUUGGAUCAAAUGUCGAAGAGGUGAUAUGGAGGAAUAUUCGAUUUUUGGUAUGGGAUUUGGGUGGCCAGCAAUCGCUUAGGGCUGCAUGGAGCACAUAUUAUACAAAUACAGAGUUUAUUAUUAUGGUUAUUGAUUCGACUGACCGAGAACGUUUAGCUGUUACACGCGAAGAAUUGUACAGAAUGUUACAACAUGAAGACUUAUCUAAAGCUAGUUUAUUAGUAUACGCAAAUAAACAGGACUUAAAAGGAUCAAUGUCGGCGGCAGAAAUAUCUCGACAGCUCGACCUGACUUCCAUUAAGAAACAUCAAUGGCACAUUCAAGCGUGCUGUGCGUUAACCGGUGAAGGAUUGUAUCAAGGACUGGAAUGGAUUGUUCAGCGCAUUAAAAAGAAAUGACCCGAUGACUAGCCGACAUUAUCGAGCAGCUAGAGUUAAUUUAAUUUGCCAACAACAGAAUAAUAAAGAAAGAAAGAAGAAAAAAAAAACUAUUAAAAAUACCGUGGACUUAUCGAAUCCAUAUAGAAUCGUUAAUGAGAUUUAAGUUCUAUAAAAAAAAAAUAUUUUUGGCGUAA